UACCUUCGUCCCAUAAAAUUCCAUUUACCGUCGUCCCCUUUCUAAAAUCGCCACCCCCACGAAACAAAACCCUAACACCUUCCCCCCAAUUUCCAUGGCUCCAAAACGGAAACAGGAGCCCGAAGAUAUAGUAGCCGGAGAGGGAGAAUUAGAAAAAGAAGAAUUCGAAGAAGAACAAGUGGUCGAAGAGGAUAUUCCAGAGAUGAACCAAUCCGGAGAAGAUCCCUCCGCCGACGAACAACUUGAGGAAGAGCCCUUCGAGAAGCUUCUCGAGCCCUUCUCCAAGGACCAGCUCACUCUCCUAAUCAAGGAAGCUCUCGCAAAACACCCAGAUCUAGCCUCGAUUGUGCACGCCAUGGCCGACUCCGACCCCGCCCACUGCAAAAUCUUCGUCCACGGCCUCGGCUGGGAUGCCAACGCCGAUUCAAUUACGUCUGUGUUUUCCAAAUACGGUGAAAUUGAAGACUGCAAAGUGGUCAGAGACAAGAACACCGGGAAAUCGAAGGGCUACGGCUUCAUUCUCUUCAAGCAGCGCGACGGUGCUCGUCGCGCCCUUAAGGAGCCUCAGAAGUUGAUUGAAGGCAGGAUGACUUGCUGCCAGCUGGCCUCGGCCGGCCCCGUGCAGACUCCCGUGCAGUCUGCUCCAGCAAUUGUUGCUUCACCACCUGCUUCAGAGUACACGCAGAGGAAGAUAUAUGUUAGCAAUGUGUCUGCGGAGCUUGAUCCGAAGAAACUUUUCGACUACUUUUCGAAAUUUGGGGAAAUUGAGGAAGGGCCUCUGGGGUUGGAUAAACAGACUGGGAAGCCUAGGGGGUUCUGUUUGUUUGUGUAUAAGAGUAGCGAGAGUGCAAAAAAAGCGCUGGAGGAGCCGCACAAGCAAUAUGAGGGUCAUAUACUGCAUUGCCAGAAGGCGAUAGAUGGCCCUAAACACAGCAAGGGUCACUUUAACAACCAGCAACAAGGGUAUCAUCAUCACCAGGCCAAGAGGGGGAGGUAUGCUGGACACAGUGGUGGUCACUUGAUGGCUCCGAGCGCUGGACCGGCUGUUCCUUCUGGAGGGUUUGGUCCAGCAGUUGCCCCGGCCGCGAUAGGGCAGGCUGUGGCAGCUCUGUUGGCCACUCAGGGGGCUGGAUUGGGUAUUGGGAAUUUACUUGGGGGGAUUGGAAAUGCGCAGGGAGUGCAUCCUAUGAUGAACAAUGCAGGUUUCGGAGGUCCGGGUGCUGGUGGAGGCUAUGGAGGUCAACCUGGUAUGCAUGGAGGUUAUGGUGGCCAGCCACAGAUGGGUCCGGGUGGUGUAAGGCCGCAUCAGGGUGGGGCACCCUAUAUGGGUCAUGGUCACUAGGUAACUGGAGGUACAGAGGGAGUAUUAUUGAUGGUUAUAACACAAAUCUCCACAAUAUAUUUUGUCAUCAAUGAUUCAAUCAGGGUCUUUAGUUAUACUGGGUGAUGAAAACACGAAGCUUAGGAAACUUAUCCAUAAUAUGUUGGGGCUGUGGCUUAACCAUUAAGUUGAUUGAAUAUGUACGUAUUUGUAUGGUGAAGAGACCUUUUAUCUGGAACUUGUACUUCAAUAAAUAGUGAACUUGGACUAAAAACUGCUUGAACUUCUUCUCCAUUGGAGAUCACUUAGAUGAUGGAAGUGGAUGUUUAAAUAUGUUAGCAUUAAAUGGAUGAUUGUUACGAGGUCAAGUAGUGAAAAAUUAAAAACAAGCUCGAGUGUAUGUAUUAAUAUCCUUCCGCGCUAUUCCAAAAAAUUAGGCCAUCUGUAAAAAAGAUUGAUGCUUUGUGCAUCUUUUUUUGAAGCACUUUUUAUUAAAACUCCUGCUGUGAUUAUGACUCAAUAGUUAUAUAUGCUCUCGUC